AUUGACGCAUAUUGAAUGUGGUCCACAUGAUGCUGCAUUUUAUAAACUCCUUGACGAGUUAAAUGAUGAAUAUGAUGAUUUAAUGAUUAAAGGAUUUGGAUUUCUUAAUGAUGGAUACCAACUUGGUCAAGGAGUAUCACAUAAUGUUUCGCCAGCUUUAGCUCAACAAAGGGCAUUGGAAGCAGCUGAAAAGAGACGAAAGAUUGAAGGAAUCAUGACAAAAGGCGGAAUAAGGUUGGGUGGCGGAGAUAGAUCUGGAUUAUCAUUAAGAGAAUUGGCUGCUUUGGCAGCUGAACGAAGAAGAAGAGAUAACCUUUGGUGUGGAAAUGACAUAAAAAAUGGAAUAAAACAUAACAAUAAUAACCUAGGAGCUAACAAUGGAACGAGUUCUGUGAUAAGGAAUCCACGAUCAACAUCUGUUGUAAAAAUCCCACCAAAUAAACUUCCGGGAUUAUUAUGGACUUGUUCACUAUGCACAUUUGUAAAUCGUCCAAUGGCCUUGCAAUGUGAUGUCUGCUUAGCUGUGAGAUUACACACAAACGAGUCAGAACCCGUAAUUAUUGUUGAUAAUGAUGAUAACUUUUCUAGCUCUUUGUUUUGGACUUGUCCUGGAUGUUCGUUGGUAAAUGCUCCCGAUAUCGUAAUGUGUUUAGGAUGUGAUUACUUGAAAGAUUAA